AUGGAAUUUCUUAAAUAUCUGGCACCCACCAGGGAGCAAAUGAUUGAUUUGUUUCUCAAUACUCUCGUUACUGUUCUAGGAAGCAUGGAGAAAGCUAAGAAGAAUAUGUAUGCAUUUAGCACUACUACUUAUGCAGGUUAUCAAUGCACAGUUUCAAAGGAAACAUCUGAAAAAUUCAAGGGAUUGCCUAGUGUUCUUUGGGUGUUACCUGAUUUAUACAUCGAUGUCAAGAACAAAGACUAUGGAGGUAAUAAAUACAUAAAUGGGGAAAAAAUUCCUUGCAAGUACCCACACAGAGAAGUUCAAAAUAUGAAAGCAGGAAGUUGGUUAAGCAAAGAGAUGGGACUCCUCCAGAUCGAAGAAGGCCAAGAAGUAGAACUCCUUAACCUAAAAUAG